UUUUAGUCCAGUGUUUGGCUUGGUGAGGGAGGGGAGGGAGGCGCGUCGCUGUGCUCUGUGGCUGCCUCACGAUGGCCCCCACGGACGACAAGGAAGUGCCUCGCCUGCCCUGGGACAACUUCAGCGACUGGGUCCAUGCCAUCUGUGUGGUCACCUUCGACCUGGAGCUGGGCCAGGCCAUGGAGUUGAUCUAUCCGGGGGACAGAGAGCUGAGUGAACGGGAGCGCACCAACAUUUGUUAUCUGGCGUUUCCGGACAGCAACUCUGGUCUUAUGGGCAACGUGCAGUUCCACUUCCGCAUCCGUCAGUGUCCGCAGUCUAUCUCCCUCAACCCUCGGUCUGCCCUACACACUUACAACUCCACCUGUCCCACCAGCAUACAGGCUGAAGAUGGUUACCUGUAUGGCUUCGUGUACUUCAGGCAGGUGAAGGACCGCACACUGCGACGAGGCUACUUUCAGAAGAGUGUUGUGCUGUUGUCACAUCUCCCUCUGGUGUCACUCUUCACCACGGUGCUGGAGUUGGUCGCCCCCGAGUACUUUGACACAGGUGAGGCUAGUCUGGAGGCAGCCUGCCAUCACCUGGACCAGUGGCCGGCCCCAACACCUGGCACCACCCUCAGCCUGCCUCUGCUGGGUACUCUUAUUCAGGUUCGCAUACCAAGUCGGCAAGACAAGCCAGGGUCAUCAUCCCUCACACCCUCAUCCCCUUCACACACCUCACCGGGCCCGCCCCCCGUCCUUGUUCCAGCCCCUCAUGAGACUGAGGCAUUUCGUGUGCUAGCACCUGUGCUGCCUCACUUGAAUCUCCUAUGGGAGCUCGUGAUCACUGCCGAGCCCCUGGUUGUCAUGGCUUUGUCCCCCACCACUGCUGCCAACACUGUACAGACUCUGGUCAGCCUGAUAGCUCCCCUCAAGUUCAGUGGAGACUACCGGCCAUUCUUCACCAUCCAUGACUCGGAGUUCAAGGAGUACACCACCAGAACCUCAGCGCCUCCCAACGUCAUCCUGGGUGUCACCAACCCUUUCUUCGCCAAGACCCUCCAGCACUGGCCACACAUCAUCAGGAUAGGGGAGAGCACAGGCUCUCCCAGCACCCAGAAGCACAAGAUCAAGAAGGCGUCGGCCCUCAAGAUGGUGGAGCAGAAGCCGGGGAUGUACACAAAGUACAAGCCGCACCUCCAGGCCGACAAGGGCCUGGUGAAGCGGCUCCUCAAGGGUGUGCAGACAGGCCGCCCUGUGGAGGUGCAGACUGCCCUCCUGAGGCGCCACCUGCUGGAGUUGACGCAGUCCUUCAUGAUCCCUCUGGAGCGCUAUGUUGCCUCCCUGAUGCCCCUCCAAAAGAACAUCUGCCCAUACAAGGCAAUACCAAGUUUACGUCCAUUCAAUCCUGAUGACUUCUUGGCCACCCUGGAACUCUAUGGACCACAGCUCACGAGUGGAAUCCGAGGGGAUUGGGAGGGCCUGUACCGCAGGUUUUUCAGAUCAGUCAACUUCUCAGUGUGGUUCAAUGCCCGGUACCAAGAGGUGUCAGACAAGUUGUCAGCUCUUCACCUACAGGCCCUGUGUGAUGCUGAUCUGGAGCGAUGGGUGGGCAGCCGCACCGAAGUGGAGGUGGUGGACAUGGUGUUGAGGUUACGCUCGAAGCUCUCAGAUGCUGACGCCCUGCCUGUGAGCCAGCGCACGCGGGAGCAGCUGCAGGCACACCUCAACACCCUCUUCAUGGCUCUUCCUGAAGAUCUGCGCUCAGUUCUUCAUGCCAGCUGAGGGUGCCAGGAUACCGUGGCUACAUGCUGUUUAUCCUCCAGGGUGGAGUAGCCAUUGCUGUUCACCUAUCAUAGUACAUAUGCCAUGUGGUUUUCAUAUGCAGGAUGCAGUGGCUCAACACACUAAAGCUCUGAGGAUGCAUUGGCCAGGUACUGUAUAGCUGUCUGGGUACAGAAGCUCAGUAUUGUUAAGUCAUCAGGUUGCAGUGCAUACAAGCUCGUUAGCUGCUACUAAUGUGCAAUGGCUCUGUGCCAUUUAGCUGCUACCAGGGUGCAAUGGCUAUAAGCUGUUCAACUACAUAUUUGUAAUGACGUUUAUAUGACGUUUUUCCCUAUACACUUGUUUGAUAAUCUCUGUGAGAUCAACUGUGCUACUAGUUAAGACCAAAUUUCAUUAUCUCAGCAUAUCAUGUAAGGUCUAUUUUUAGUUUGUCUUCAUGGGCUGUAGGUUGGUUUUCUAGGGGAUGUUUUAUUAGGACACCACUGCUAUGGUGGGGAGUGUUAGAAAACAUUUUCAGUGAAAACCAGGGAACACAAACACUCCAUCUAAAAUCAGCCACAUGCCAUUUUUCCCACUCUCAUCAAGAUAUUUUCAUACUCUAUCAUCCAUGAAUGUUUCUUUUAGUGAGAAGUAACAUAACUCGCCUACAUACCACUCCUCAAGGCAUCCAAGGUAUUAUGAGUAGCCUCAAGUGCCUUUUAUUCUCUCAUCCUAACCACCAAAGGCUUAUAGCUUUUUAUAAAUCACACAGGUGAAAUGUGCUAAAUUAUUAGCUUCAAAUUUUUUUUUCAGCAAUCUGCUAAAAAGUAAAGGCAUAUGUGGCAGCCAAGUCCAAUUCUAUUAAUUAGAGUUGGCUUUAAUUAAUAUCUUACUACUGUGAUGGAUGGGGUUAGUGUAGUUGGUUAGAUGAAACUCUGGUAUCUUCAAAUGUAGGAAGUUGUUUUCUUUAUCAUGGAAAGGAAUAAUCUACUACAGACUUUGUUGUGUAUGAAGGAAUCUGAGUGUGAUGUUCAGUGUCUGUGUUGCCUCUGCCUAUACCAAAGUGUUUUAUUGCUUAACAUUAAGUGCCAAUGUUUAAAGACUGGUUAGUAUUUAAGAUGGAGUUGAAUUUUUUGUGAUACUUUAAAGGAGCAUUUUUAUAUAUUUUAAGUUACGUAGGAGCUAGUUCAUAGUUCUGAGACAAAAAACAAAGAAAUUACUAAGUGUAGGGGCAAGGAGGAACUCAUAUUGGUAAGCUUUUCUAACAGCAUUCAGUUAAUAUAUUUUUUCUAUUUGAUAAGCCAUUCAAAUCUUGGGGACCUUAAGCAUCAAUAUAUACUGUGAUCCGAGAUAUUCAUUUUGCUUGAUACUCCUUUCUUAAAACUGGGUAAUUUGAUUCAAGAAAGGCAGGGAUACUCAGGACACUGAGAUCAAAUCAUGCUGAAAGGUGGCAAGUUAAAACUUUUUUAUUGGGGUAGUUUUUCAAAGUUAGUGUAAUAAUAUGUAUUAGGAGUCACUUGCAGAGUAUAAUACGUUUAAUAUAUCAUUGCUUUAUCAUUUAUUUAUAUUCCCAUAGAAGUGGUAGAACAGUUCUGUAGCUUACAAGUUACUCAAAACACCCAUUUAAUAACAUUUUAGGAAUAUUUAGUUGUUCUGUAGUAUGAUAACCUUUAUUGCAGUUGCAGCAAAGUAAUACUACUGACCCUGUUUUUUACCCCAAAACUAGACGGAAUUAUAUGACCUCUUUGUCUUUGAUCAUGAUCGUAAGUAGUAAGAAGUAAUAUUUUGACGAUGCAGCAAGACUAUAUUAAAUAAGAACCCAAAGGAAUAAACUAAAGAUCAUUUAUAUAAGUCUGUAAGCAUGUGAACUUAAAGGUUUGUUAUGUGAUGUAUUCCUUGCCAAAAUUUAAGGGAAUUAGUGAUUACAAUAACUGUAAUAUAUCUUGCCUCUAAACUGGAAAGUUAAAGCGACAGCCUGGAAUACAGCAUUGUCUUGUGUUCAUAGAAUAUCAGGUUAGUUAAAAAUAUUUGCCAUCAACACUACCAGAAUAUAUUAAUUCACUUCACAUUCAGGUAUGAUGAAAAUUUGACCCACUGCACUGGUGGAAAAGCAAAACAAAUGGAGUUCAUUGUUUACUUAGGAAUGACAUUGUGUGGUGAAAAUGAUGUAAUGUUGGUAGGUUUUUACUCAUUAGGAAACCAUAACUUUACAUAAUGAGCAGUAUUUAACAUGUCAUGAAACCAGACUUCUUAAAUACAAAGCUUUUCCUGUAUCUAUAUUUUCCAGUCACUUCUUAUGUACAAGCUGUUACUAACAUUACAGCCACAUCCAGCGGUGGGAUGAUACUUUUUAUGUUCACAAGGAUGCUGGUGAAGGUGUUGCUUGAGGCCCGUGUUAACCACCGUGAUUGGUACUAAUCCCAUCAUGAAUUUACACAUUGGAAGCACCGAGUAAUAUCUCAUACCAUGUACAGCCGCAGACAGAAAUGAACUCAUAAAUUGCAGUCUUUCAUUCACAAGACACUAUAAAGUUUUCCUUUUUCAUUUGAUUCACAAACAAUAAAUUUGUAAAGUAGCUAAUCAGAAAAUUUGUUUUUAAAUAGAAGAGGGUAACGUUACUUUGAUGGCGAUGAAAAUAUUCAUAUGGUGGUAAAAAAAAUGGGCAUGUAAUUAAUUUCACCUUAAUUUCUGGCAACUGUCAAUGGUGCAUGAAGCGUUAUCGUUCAGUGUGAGGGAGAACAUUGCAAUGCUAGGCUACAAAAAGAUCCUACAAUAUUGGCCUAAUAUUUCAGUAUAUACAUGAUCAGUUAAGGGGUUGAACAACAUGUAAAAGAUGUCAGUCAGUCUACCCCAGUCAGUUGCCAAUUCAUGUGGACUGAACUGUUCUGAAAUCUUUGACUUCAUUUCUGUCCCUGACUGUACUUUAACACUGAAAACAUUGGUGACCUGUUUGUAUACGUGACAAAAAGAAAUAUUUGAUAUACAAAUAUAACCACUUGUUUAUGCAUUCUGUUACUAAAUUGCUUCAUGGCAAUCAUUUUUGAUAACAAAUCUGAGAGUUUACCGUGGUGUGACACUCAGGUGACUAAUAUGGAUCUGCUUCCCCGCCACGCCCUUGCCACCACCUCACACACGAGUGAUCUGACGUGAAAUUUGGUUGACUCUUCAUGUGGUAAUUAUUACACUACAGUGUUGUAAAAAUAUGUAUGCUUUUCAGGUACUGCUGUCAUUUUGAUCUCCAGAUGUAUUUAAGAAAAUUCAUUAACUUUAAAGAAAAUUUAAAGUUAAUAUGUACAUUCAUCAUGCUAAUGAUAAUGUUAUAGGCUGGUGCAGAACACUGUGGUUCACCAUGCUGUUAACUUUAGUGCUAGAAUACUUGAUUCUGACAUUCCUUAAUUUUUUUUUCUAAACUGGCCCUGGGGUGAGAGGAUUAACAGAAAAUUGAAUUUAUCAUAAAAUUAAGACAACUCAAGUGAUCAUUUAAAUUCUAUUUUUUGACACUUUACUAUGCUUCCAUCUCUCAGAGGUAUUUAGGUAUAUGAACCUAUUCGUUAAAUCAUGAUCUGUGUUUUGACCGUCCACACUUCUGGUUAAAUAUAGCUGUCAUUAGAGUCAUGAAGUGUUGGGUCUGUUCCCCUGAAGCAGUCACUCAACUGUUUAGACUACAAUUAGCUUUUUCUCAACCUUCCUGCAGCAAGGCUGAGCAAGACAAAUCUUGACUGAUAAAAAUGAAGUGGCUAGUAAUAAUUUGGAAACAAUAUUUUUAGCAUCAUCUCAAGCAAACCAUUGGUAUUUUCUGAAAUACAACAGCUUGUUACUGCAAUUACUUUUGCAAUGAGCUGGAAAAUCUGGGUGUCAAAGUUCUAAAGAAUUUUAUCUUGGUCACCAGAGCUCUCGUCAUGCAGAGUGCCAUUCUGUCAGUGUUGUAUCUUUUAAAGGACAAUUAUCUUUCAAAGGACUUUUAAUGAUGCCAAAUUUUAAUGACAAUCAGUUAAUGUUUUAGCAAAUAAAUCCUACUCUUUGGAUUCAUUCUUAUAAUGGUAUGAUAAUGAAUUCAUAUGAAUAGUGCAUGUAAAUUAAAGCAAGAUUAACUCUCAACAUGAAUGGAAAGACUGUGUUCAGAGUUAUUAUUUUGGAUGUUGUACAUCACAUUUUGUAAUACUCAUGUCAGACAAAUAUAUUUUUCCAGAAA